AUGUUCCAGCACUACCAGCCCUGGGUCAUCCACACCUACGGCGACUCCGCCAAGACCAAGACCAUCACCCUGCGCAAAUACGCGCGCAUCGUGCGCACCCUGCGCGGCGAGGAGACCAACUCCGUGGAGAACUCCAAGUUCCGCUUCUGGGUGAAGGCCAAGGGCUUCCGCCUGGGCCAGCCCCCGGGCUACGUGGCCAAGCCCGCCGACGGCAUCGUGGGCAGCCAGACGCUGAGCGGCGCCAAGGACGCCCGCGACGACCCUCCGCUGUACGUGCCCACUUCCGCUGCCAAGGUAAGCCAUGCGGGGGCUGUUGGUGCCGCUCUGGGGGACCCUCCCAGGUGGCUGUCAACGACGGGUCUGUUGUUUUCUGCCUUGUACCGUCUUGGAUGCCAACGUUUCAAGAAUACGCAGCGCGUGACGAAGUCAUCAAAUCCAGGAUACCUACCGCAUAUUUUUGUU